AUGAUUAAUUUCCUUUGUUCGCAGGCAGUGUCAGACUCUAUGUUAGUCGAGUUGAAAGCAUGUUUCAUGGAGGCGUAUGACGACAAUCAGGACGGCAAAAUUGAUAUACGAGAGCUUGCCCAACUUUUGCCUAUGGAGGAAAAUUUUCUGCUUCUGUUCAGGUUCGACAACCCUUUGGAGUCCAGCGUGGAGUUCAUGAAAAUCUGGAGGGAAUACGAUAUAGAUGGCAGUGGAUACAUCGAAGCUGAUGAACUUAAGAAUUUUCUCCGCGAUCUAUUAAAGGAGGCGAAGAAGAUAAACGACGUGUCUGAAGACAAACUAAUAGAGUACACAGAUACAAUGCUCCAAGUAUUUGACUCCAAUAAAGAUGGCCGACUCCAGCUUUCUGAAAUGGCAAAAUUGCUACCAGUGAAGGAGAACUUCCUUUGCCGACAGGUGUUCAAGGAGGGCAUAGAGGGUGCUACGAAACUAACGAAGGAUGAUAUCGAACGAGUAUUUUCUCUUUACGAUAGGGACAACAACGGUUCCAUAGAAAACGAAGAACUACGAGGUUUUCUUAAGGAUCUCUUAGAAUUAGUUAAAAAGGAUUACGACGCCCAAGACUUACUUGAAUUUGAAGAAACAAUACUACAAGGCGUCGAAUACAGCAGUGAAGGCAAAAUAAGUAGGAAACAACUAACGAUGAUCCUCUUAGCCAUCGCCAAACAUAACCAAGAAGAGGAAGUGUCGACUCCA